UGGUACUCUGAGGUCAUCAGUUUCAGAGCGGUCAAUAAAACUGUACUUUGGCUUUCGGUUAGCACUAGUUUGAAUAAAAUCGGUGCAUUAAUGCCAGAGUAUGGACUCGGCUGCAUGAAUGGUGGCAAAGUAGUGUUGAUGUGCCUGUCAAAAUGGUUUUGAUUGGUCUUGAUGCGCCAGUAUCACGCCAGUAGUGUUGUUGGCCGAUGCCAAGGAUAUCUAACGCCGAUGCCCCUGGAGCUUUUGUAGUCAUAGGAUUUUGAAGCUGGGGUCGGCGCCAUGUUCAGCCGGUUCAGGUCGGCGCUGCUCAGCUCGAUGGGUGGCGUCGACUCGGCCGUAUCGGCAGCGGAGGCGGCCAAUCAGAGCUCGACCCGACCGACCAAGUUCCCCUACGGCCGGCCAUGCUUUCUGCAGCUGGAGUCGGAGGACGAGCUGCAGGUGGCGAGCGACCACAUCAUCCGGCCCAUAAUUGUACCCCGCCAGCUGGACUGGCUGCCCUGGAUGGCAGGCUAUGCAGAGGCAGUGAACGCCGGCAAGAGUAAGAGGAAUGAAGACAACGCCAGCGUGUUCGUGGGCAGCCUGGAGCAGAGAGCUGCCGUCGGCACUGGACCGGCAGGAGAUGCUAGCGCUUCCGCCGCGGAACCUCGCCUCAUUCCCUACUACUACUUCGGACUGUUCGACGGUCACGCGGGCGACGGAGCGUCGGUGGCCGCCGCCAGUCAGCUCCACCAUAUCAUACACGACCGUCUGGUGGACGUGAUGGACAUACUGCUGCCGCUGGAGCCGGCGGCUGAGGCAGUCGCGAGCGACCUGCUCUGGGUGCCGACAGAAGAGAUGUCAGUGGACCGGCUGGUCACCGGCGCACUGGAGGCCGCCUUCCACGACAUGGACGCUCUGAUCGCCGAGGAUCGGCUGCGGUUCGACAUGCGCGGCGGCUGCACGGCGGUGGUGGCGCUGCUGCUGCUGGGCCGCCUGUACGUGGCCAACGCGGGCGACUCGCGCGCCGUCCUCUGCCGCGCCGGCCACGCCGGGCCCGCCACCACGGACUUCACGCCGGAGUCAGAGCGGCAGCGCGUCCGACAGCUGGCGGGCCAGCAGCCGGCGCUGACCGGCGGCGAGUUCACUCACCUGGACUUCUGCCGUCGGGUGAGCCGGCGCGACAUCGGCAAGCGUGUGCUGUACCGGGACGCCCACAUGACCGGCUGGGCGUACAAGACGGUCACCGAGCGCGACCUCAAGUUCCCCAUCGUCUGUGGCGACGGCAAGCGAAGCCGCGUGUGUGCCACAAUCGGCGUCACCCGGGGAUUCGGAGACCACGACCUGAAGGCGCAGAACACAAACGUCCUCAUCAAGCCGUUCCUUUCGUCACAACCCGAAGUGCUGGUGAUCGACCUGGAAAAGGAGGCGGUGACCGAGUACGACGUGCUCGUGAUGGCCACGGACGGUCUGUGGGACGUGGUCUCCAACGGUCGCGCCGCCCAGCUGGUGGACCAGGCGUUGCGACACUAUCCCGCCGACGACCCGUCCAAGCGGCGCUACAGUGCCGUGUGCACCGACAGGUGUACGUCGGCCGCCCAGGACCUGGUGAUGGCGGCCAGGGGGAAGCUGAAGGGGCGACUCUGGCGGCUGCCAGACGGCGGCAUGGCCACCAUCGACGACAUCAGCGCGUUUGUGGUGCCCCUGCUGCCGUACAGAGAGGAGCAUCUGCUGUGGAAGAUGCAGCAGCAGGGGGACUCGGUGCGCGCGCCGCCGUCUGCGGCGCCGACCAGCUUACGGCAGGUGUCUGAGCCGGCCGAACUGGCCCGGUACCAGACCCUGGUGGAGCAGUGCGGCCGGCCGGCCGAGCCGGUGUUCGCUGACGCCGAGUCGGGUGACCGGCCUUCCCCGCCGCCGCCUGUGUUGGUGAACGGCACCGUCACCGGCUGGGUCGGUCGGCCAGGGUCGCCAGGGGCCUCGGCUGCCUCGGAGGUGACCUCACGAGUAGCUGGUGAGCGCCAGGAAACAUUGGGCGAGAAGGCGACGCCGUGGGUGCCCUGCAGGAAGAUGGCGCCGGGAGAGGCGACGCCAUCAGUGACCGGUGAGGACCACGAGGAGACGGUGGCCCUACCAGUGAGCUGUACCAGCGGUGACGGCCCUACUAGUGAGCUGUGCGGACCGGCAGACAGCGCGCGAAACGACGCUGCCGUCAGCGACAAGACCCGGCCGGAGACUGAGCCCCGGUAAGACACAGCGCCCUGUCAGCAGACAGCUGUGGGCGCCGACGGAGCGGGACACCAGUCUCACCGGCAGCGGUCCCCGAUUCAGCCACCGGCCGUCCGACAGAGCGACCAGCACAUCUGCGAUAUGCCCACCGACAACAGGCUUGUGAGCGGCUUCGAACGGUGUGGAGUGCUGGGGAUGACCACUUGGCUGAUUGUGCUACCUCAAUGAGUUUGGAUCGCGUGCGGCGGGCACCACCGUGCGAGAAAGCGGUGUGCCUUCUGUCGCUUACUUUUGUGGGGUUGGGUUUGCGUCUAAAAUGCCACCACUUAAGGUUCGGAUAGGAAGGCUGUGACAAAGUUGACGAAACUAUCGAGGUGAGGAGGGCGUUGUGGUCGAACUGUUGCUGAAUUGGCGAGGAAGCACUUGGGGUCGUCGCUGCUCUAUUGUACGGUUUAUUUAUUAGCCACAAUGCUCUGCAAAGUCCUACCAGACAUUCCAAUGCUAAAUGUGAGUCGUCUUUUGCUUUUGUGACGAAUGCAGUGCUUUCCGCUGCUGUUACGAUCUUCGGAACAAUAGGUUGGUCUAAAUGUUUUCAUCGUAUGUGUAUCACCUUCGCAGUUUGUGGGAACGUUGCUCGUACUUACUUAUCAUGCGACCUUGUAUCGGGGUAUUGUUUGUGUCCGGUAUAAUUUACCCAUUGUGUUCUUUGCGUUUAGAUUGAUAUUUUUUGUUCGUGCGAGUGGUAACUUAAAACUGUUGCAUGCAUAGCCAAGCUAAAAGAGGUGAGGUUGGUGGUUUUAAUUGAGCACCAGAAAUAUUGCGGCAUGUCCCAGGUUGGUUUUUGGUUUUUAAGGGCGCGUCGGCAUCAGGGCCAUUUUGCGCCCAGCAGCAUGUCCCAUUUGUAAGCCUUGAACUAUGAGUCGUCAAUAAGUGAUGGCUUCAGCGACACUUGCGUGAGACAGUUGCGCGGCGUCCCGUAUGACGCGUGAUACGCGAAGCGAAACGAGGUUUAGUGCUACGAUGUUUAUGGACACUGUCAGAGUCAUUCCAUGAUCUAAGUUCCUGGAUAUUUUGUCGCAGAGUGUUUAAGCAUGUGGGCAUGUGACAGCCAAGUGGUCUGUGUUCCACGUAAGUGGCCGGGACUGCGGUGCAACUGAGAAUCGAGCUCUGGUCCCGCCAAUACGUUUGCUGUAGUCGCUGAUGCUCCACAAGGGGUGUACGACGGCGUGUAACCUGUUCUCUUUCAAAAUAAAAGAUGUCAUUCGCUA